GCAGAUAAUGGUUCAAAGUGCAGCAUUUCACACAACGAUACGGCCGAAUACUGGUCUCUCUCUUUCUCCCUACCCCUCUCUGUCUUCGUUUAAUAUUGUACUUCUUUUUAGUUUAGGUUUUCUCAAUUGUUACCCACUGUUCUCCAAUCCAUCCAAGGUUGUUAUUAAUCAAUGGAACCUCAAGAUGAGACAGGAUGCCAGGCUCCAGAAAAACCAAUGCUUUGCAUCAAUAAUUGUGGCUUCUUUGGAAGGGCAACUACCAUGAAUAUGUGUUCGAAAUGUUACAAGGACAUGCUGUUGAAGCAGGAACAGGUGAAAAUUGCUGCAUCGUCAGUUGAAAGCAUAGUGAAUGGCAGCUCUAACAACAAUGGAGAAGACGAUGUGAAUACAGUUGCUACAGAUGUACAAGUUGGAACAAUGGAAGUCAAACCAGUUGGUGCUCAGCUUUCUGAGGAUUCAUCCUCUAGUGAGGCUUUGAAGGUGAAAGCCAAGACAGGCCCCAGCAGGUGUGCCACUUGCCGGAAGCGAGUUGGAUUAACUGGUUUCAGCUGUAAAUGCGGGAACCUCUUUUGUGCAAUGCACCGCUACUCUGACAAACAUGACUGCUCUUUUGAUUAUCGGAUGGUUGGUCAGGAUGCUAUAGCUAAAGCCAAUCCUGUAAUUAAGGCAGAAAAGCUUGAGAAAAUCUAGGAAUAUGCUGGGCUGAUGCAUGAAGCUUGACACGUCACCUUUCUAUGAACAAAUUCUCUUAUAUGUUGUCUGAUUCGCUUUUUAGGUGUCCUUCAGUGAUUAAAGUGGUCCAUGUCAUAAUAGCAAGGGCAUCGUUAGGGAAUUGCUGCAUUCUGCUCCAUUGUGAGUGAUUGUUCUGGUUUAAUGGACGUCGUUGGCUCAUUUUAUGAUUUAAUUUCCUGGUA